AAUAGUGCCCAUUUGGAAUUGUUUCAAUGUCGUACGUAUCAUUUGGACAUUUGGUUGACUGGAUCUAGAAUUUGCUCGGAAAUAACGACACAAGAUUCCUGUACUAAAUUCGUGAGAAUCGUGUUCGUGUUGUUAUUUGCUUUCUUUGUUGUUAUAGCCAUCGGAGAUGGCGGCAGCUUAGUUGAAUCACAUCAAGAUUCUCGCCUUCUCUUUCUUUCAAUUCGAUACAUCAAUCGUUCCCUUUCCGAUCCUCUGAUCUUUUCCGGGCAAAUUGGUGGCCAUGGCGACGUUAGCUCGGCUCCGUUACUCCGCCGUCGCUGUCCUUUCCCGGAAUUUGAGCCCUCCAACUCGUCAAUUUUUCUCCGGCCGUAACCCCAUUUUUUCCGGCGACUGUACUUCCAGUUUUUCUAAGCAAUCCCUGCUUGAAUCUCGCGCGUUUUGCUCGGCAGCCGGCAGCCGGAGUAGUUUCCGGCCCGCCGCGGCUUUUCUGGCGGGGUGGAGAUCCAGAGUAGCCGCCGAUCCACAGUUUCCUUUCAAGGUAGCCAUGGAGCAAUUAGUCGGCGUUAGCGCCUGCGUGGCCGGAGACAUGGCGACCCGCCCCAAUUUCGGCCUCAACGAGCUAGAUUUCGUCUUCUCCACUCUAAUCGUCAGCUCAAUUCUCAACUUCGUUCUAAUGUACAUCUUAGCCCCGACCCCAUCGGGCACCCAAUCUCUACCGUCCAUCUUCUCCAAUUGCCCCCGCAGCCACAUGUUCGAGCCGGGCAACUACGGGCCGGUCCUCCGCCUGGGCACGUUCGUCUACAAGGGCGCCCUAUUCGCGGCCGUCGGGUUCUGCGCGGGCCUAGUGGGGACCGCAAUCUCAAACGGGCUGGUGAAGAUGAGGAAACAGAUGGAUUCGGGGUUCGAGCCCCCGAAUAAGGCGCCCCCGACGAUCCUCAACGCGGCCACGUGGGCAAUUCAGAUGGGGGUGAGUAGUAAUUUGAGGUACCAAGCGUUGAACGGGAUCGAAUUCUGGAUGGCCAAGGCGGUCCCGCCAUUGGUGUUUAGGAGCUCCGUUGUGGUCAUACGCUGUUUGAAUAACGUUGUUGGGGGAAUGUCGUUUGUUAUGUUGGCUAGGCUCACGGGCUCUCAGAGUGUGAAUCAAGAGAAGGUAACUGCCCCCCAGUGAUUUGGUGUAUUAGCCAUGCUUCAUUUUUCCUUUUUCAUCUUGUACUGGUAUUUAUAUCUCCCCAAAUAAGGCUAAUGUAAUAAAUGGAUCAUGUUGGUUUCACAACCUAA